AGAGCAGGAGGAGGAGGAGGAGGAGGAAAGGGGAGGAGGCGGUGGAGGAGUGUGUUUGUCGGGCAGACAGUCAGUCAGUGUGGACCGGAGUCCCAGCGGCAGUUUUGGAGAGUCUGAUCCGGGAAAACUACGUCAAAUACGGGAGAAGUGAAAAGGGGGAAUCCGAGAUGAGUUGGGGAACGGAGCUCUGGGACCAGUUUGAUAAUCUGGACAAACACACCCAGUGGGGCAUCGACUUUCUUGAACGCUAUGCAAAGUUCGUCAAGGAGAGGCUGGACAUAGAGCAGAACUACGCCAAGCAGCUACGGAGCUUGGUGAAGAAAUACUGUCCAAAACGCUCUAAAGAUGAGGAGCCCAGGUUCACGUCGUGUCUGUCCUUCUACUCCGUACUGAACGAACUGAACGACUAUGCGGGUCAGAGGGAGGUGGUGGCGGAGGAGAUGGCUCAAAGGGUGUAUGGAGAGCUGAUGAGGUACAGCCAAGACCUCAAAGCUGAGAGGAAGCACCAUCUACAGGAGGGCAGGAAGGCCCAGCAGUAUUUGGAUCAUUGCUGGAAACAGAUGGACAACAGUAAGAAGAAGUUUGAGAGAGAGUGCAAAGAAGCAGAGAAAUCCCAGAUCACCUUUGAUCGGUUAGAUAACGACAUCAACGCUACCAAGUCAGAGGUGGAGAAGGCCAAAGCCCAGUUCUACCUGCGGACCCACAUGGCUGAUGAGAGCAAGAAUGAGUACGCCGCUCAGCUACAGAACUUCAAUGCAGAGCAGUGGAAACAUUUCAACAACUCCAUACCACACAUCUUCAAGAAUCUGCAGGCUAUGGACGAACGUCGGACGGUAAAGCUCGGGGAAACGUACCGGAGCUUUGCUGAGGCAGAGCGGAGAGUCAUUCCUAUCGUCUCCAAAUGUCUAGAAGGAAUGGUUUCUGCUGCUAAAGCUGUCGAUGAGCGAAGGGAUUCAGGCAUUGUCGUAGAAUCGUUCAAGUCAGGCUUUGACCCUCCAGGCGACUUCCCCUUCGAGGACUACAGCCAGAAUCUGAGCAGGACCGGUUCAGAUGGGACCAUCAGCAACACACCCAAAGGAGACAGAGAGAAAGACGGGGCCCCAGGGCCACGACCCGACCCUAAACAACACCCCAUGAGCAGAACCAAGAACAAGCUCUGGCUGUUUGGGAAGAAACCAAAGUCCUCUCCUCCUCCACCACCUUCCUCCUCUGCCUCCCGUCCCCGGUCCUCAUCCAACAUUUUCCCUCCACCCCGGUUCAGCUCUGACCUAGUGAGCCACUAUCUGUCUGAGAUAAAGACCACAGUACCCAGAAUCCCCCAGAAUUUGAGGGGCCUGAGGAGAGGGGCCCCAUCUCUGGAGGAUUUCAGUCACUUACCCCCCGAGCAGAGGAGGAAGAGGCUGCAGCAGAGGAUUGAUGAACUGAACAAAGAGCUCCAGAAAGAGAUGGAUCAGAGAGACGCCCUGAACAAAAUGAAGGAUGUGUAUGAGAAGAAUCCACAGAUGGGAGACCCCAGCAGCCUACAGCCCAAAAUAUCAGAGACCAUAUGCAACAUGGAGAAGCUGCGCUCAGAAAUCCACAAAAACGAGACUUGGUUAUCUGAGGUGGAGGGAAAGCAGAGCUCGAGAGGAGACAGAAGACACAGCGCGGACAACCACCAUCACGCUCCUCAAGGCAGAGAGAGUCCUGAGGGCAGUUAUACAGAUGACACCAGUCAAGAGCAUCACACGCCUCACCACCGCCCCAAAUCUCCACCGUCUGUUAACCCAGCCCCUGACCCACACGAGUUUGAUGAUGAGUUUGAUGAUGACGACCCGCUGCCCGUCAUCGGACACUGCAAAGCUCUCUACUCAUUUGACGGUCAGAAUGAGGGGACGCUGGUGAUGGCAGAAGACGAGGUGUUGUACAUCAUCGAGGAGGACAAAGGAGACGGCUGGACGAGGGCGAGGAAGCAGAGCGGCGAGGAAGGCUACGUCCCCAGCUCCUACGUAGAUAUCACUCUGGAGAAAAACAGCAAAGGUGCUGUCACCUACAUCUGAAGCUUCACUGUUCUCUGUCCUCUCAUCCGUCUGUCGUCCUCUCUCCUCCUGUCUUCUGUCCCGUCAUUAUAACACUACAACAACAACAACAAAAAGAGACUGCAUCUGAACACCUGCAUGGACACUCAUCUGUUUUCUCAUUUCCAUCUUUCUGUCCUCAUGUUUCUUCCUCUAACUCACCCUUCCUCAUCCUCGUCUUAUAUCUGUGGGACUGAUGUCUCUGAGGUGAGUGUCUGAGCAUUAAGAAAAACAGGACAUGUGUAUUUGUUUGUGUUUGGAUGAUGUGUUUAUUGUAUAUAAGGCAUUUCUGUGUGUGUGAGUGUGUUUGAACGGAUGUCUCCACUGCUGUUUUGAGCCCUGUGUAAAGGCCACACCACUUCGUCAUCGAUCAAAGUGUUUGAGAACGUUUUUGUAGAAGAAAUUAAUUUUUAUUUCAUCCAUUCUUUCAAUUAUUUUGAUGUUUUUUUAAAUCAGAGAUAUUUUAAACUCCUUUCUUUUGACUUUGUGUUAACAUAAUUUAAAGCUUUCUUGAUUUCCUCUGUUUUUAUUUCAGUUUGUGGUUUUAUGUUUUCUGUGUUACCUGUGCCAUCACAGUACAGCUGGAAUCACAGUUACAGAUUUGUCUGCUUUCAGACGAAUGUCAGAGAUGUGUCUGAAUUUUAAAUCACAAAUAAGCCGGGAGUUAAAGUUUGAAAAAGGUUCCUUUCAUUGAAAUAAGGCUGUUAAAGGAUUCUCCGCCUUUCAUGUAUGUUCUUUAACUUUUAAUCAUAAUCUGACUGUUAUUGGUCUUUUUUUGAGUCACUGAUUAAAAUCAUCUCUGACCAUCAGAGUUUCACUCCAUCAGUCACAGUUGAACUUUUACUUUAAGUAGAUGUUUAAAUAGAGUUACGUUUCAUGGAUUCUUAUUGCAGUGUACACCUAGUAGUAAAAAAUAAGGGUGCAGCAACAUGUCUGUGACCGGAAAAAGUUGCUUCUGUUUGUUUCUAUUUAUAACUCAGCGUUAUCACAUUAUCAGCUCUUAAACAGUUACCAGUAAAAUGUGUUGAAAGAAGAUAACUGCAACAAAAGCUCCUGGAGCUGCUGCUGCAUUGUGUCCACGUCACUGUAGAGUCAAAAGUUCACUCAAGGUUUAGAAUCUAUUGAGACUCAAUUUACAACAUAACACCUUUAAUUUGCAGCAGGGGCAUGAAACGUUAGGACGAUUCUAAGAGUCCAUGACUAACAGGGGCCUGAAAAGAAUCAGAGCAUUUAUACGAAUGAAGAGUUGGGGGCAAUAUCAUUUUUUUUAAGAGGCCUAAAGUCCCUGGCAGUACCUCAUGUGGUUUGAUGACUCAUCUCAGAUCGAGAGGUGUCAAGAUUUCUGACAGUGCAAAUUAAAUGCUAGCCUUCAGAUUCCUCAGGUUUCAGGUCUACAAAGUUGGACUGUAAAAUAGAAAAUUAACUCUACACUGUCUUGAAAACAGCUUGAGUCCACAAACUGAUCAGUCAUAUGUUCACUGAGUUAAUAAAUCAAAAGAAAAGGGAAGCUGAUUUACGCCGAGACUUCUGUACAGUUGGACUAACUCCCUGCUGGUCAUUAGAAACGCUGCAGGUUUUAGGCACUUCUGUUUUUGCUUCACCUUUACAAGCUUGCAGCCACUUCCAAAGAUCUAUGGAUGUGUUUUCUCAGUUGCGCACAUCUCUGGUGUACUGUCUUUGUCUUACAAAAUAAAAAAAGAAGAAUCUAAUGGCUUAAAACAAACAGACAAGAUCAGCACAACACCUUUCUUCUCAUCAACACUUUAAUUCUCAUAAUUCGCAAAACCUUUCCUCACCCUAAACCGUGUGCAUUUUUUUGGUGUCUUUUGGUAACUGGCUCUCUCUUCUAUGUGACCGCAGGUUCCUGAGGGCUGCAGGGUGGCCGGGCGAUUUGAUUGGCUGGUGGAGGGCUCACGCUGAUGGCUGAUUAUUGGUGGUGGGGGUGGUGACAAUGAAAGAGAGAGAGAGAGAGAGAGAGUAAAGAGGGGAAUUAAGAGGGAAGGAGGUAGAUGAAGUGGGGUGGGAGGUAGGUUUGCAUGUCUGCAUGCUCACUCAUCCGUCAUCAGCAAAGAUUUCUGAGAUUCAAGGUGGGGGGUCUAGCAGAAGAUUAAAUUAUGACAGACAGGCAAUAACAUCAGAUUAUCCAUAUGUUUCUACCUGAUCUGAGGGAGUUUUCUUAGUGAUAAAGCAUCCUUUUAAGACCUUUCAGACAGUCUGCAUUCAGUUGCAAAAGUUUGACAUUUUAAAACUUGUUUGCAAGUUCCCUUGGCGAGAGUUACUACAAUCCCUCUGCUCUGCUGCCUGGUUUCAACUGGCUGCUUUUCUGGUCUGUAAAGGUCUCAAAAAGAUGUAAACCCAGAUAGCCUCCACUCUUGUAGGGGCUUCAUAUCAGAGGAGAAUAUCGGCUGAUGGGCUGCUCUCUAUGAGUGGAAAAACUCAAGUAUACAGUGACUCUUUUAGAGGUGGUGCCCACAGGUGAUACUUGAACGUUUCAUCUCAUAGAAAGCAGUGCAACAUUAAGUUUUACUCCCAGAUUAGGUUUCUAUUCCAGAUUACUUUUUAUUCUAUGAAGUUAGUCUCCUCACCCCUGUAGGUGCUACUAAAAGUGUUGGAGGAAAAUGAUCAACUAAAGCCUCUUGUUUUUGCCAUCAUUAAAGCCUUUGAUGUCAGCAUGUGUUAUGCAAAUAUUUGGGCUCCACAGACCAGAAAAUUGUUGUUAAUUAAACAAAAUUUCAUCAUGAGUCUGCAACAGAAUAAAAAGAUCAAAUUGCGAUUAUAAAAAUAGAAAAUUGUUUCAGCGGGGCAUCUUGUUUUCAUAUGCUUGUAAAACCUGCAUGAUGUUGUUGCAAGCUCAAAGCAAAUGUUAACACAACUUAACCACUUCAAUGUGAAACAUACCCUAUACCUGACUUCUGUCAUCACCUAGGAUCAUUGAGUCAAAUUCAAAGGCAACAAGAUUACUGGAAUAUUUGAAUUUUUCCUCCAAACUUUUGUUCAGCUCCUCACAAGAUGAAACAUUUUAGACAUAACUCAGGAUGUUCAUAUUGAUCACAGUUUUUAGGAUCAGUUGCAGUAUCUGUGACUAACAAAAUCAGUGUUGUUCUGCUCCUAAUCAUCCUGUCGUCAUCAUCUGUGCUCUGUUGGUGAUGUCUGCCUGCCUGCCUGCCUGCCUGAGCCACUCUGCUCCUCAUGCCUGCCCUCACCGUCAUACAGUCGCAUGUCUUUUAACGAGUCCCAACCAUGAUCAGGUGUCUGUGACUUUAACUGCAUUUGUACUGAAGCGUGUGGCUGAUUUUAUGUUGAAUGUGUUAAAUGAAUGUGUUAAAUGAAAGUCCAGCAUGAGUCUGAUUUUAUUGUGUGCGUUGAAUGUCUCCCAAACAGCCUGUGGGUAGAAUCAGAGCAGAAAGCAGGACUAUCAGGUGAACACAAUCUCUCUACCACUCUUUCUUUUCCUACCUUCCUCUCCUCUUCUUCCUGGAUUGUAAUUCCACCAGUCACCCAGCAGGGGGAGUCGCUCCCUCAGCUAACACCAGUCCAUCAGCAGGACUACACUGCUUUAAACAACAUCACCAAACAUGAAAAGGAACUUCAGACUCUGCCUUAAAAGUCAUGUUAAUUUAAUGUGGAGGGAUUCAAACAUGUCUCCUGCGUGACUACAUCUCCCAUCAGCCACCUGGGCUCAGCCUCAUCCGCCUUCGUCAGGACUCUCAACUACAUCUAACAUGAAACUUUUAUUUCCCUGUUCAAUCAGCUGUAAUUGUGAAUGUGACGACAAACACACACACAUACACACACACAUGUAUCACUGACGUGCACACACUCGUAUGGAAGCCAAAAAACAUGUUAUUCCCAUGUUUGGCUUUCUGUAUAGAUGAAUGUGUGCAUGUGUCUGUUACAUGUAUGAUGUUAGUUCUUACCAUUGAAUGAUUUGUACAUAUUAACAUCGUGAUGUCAUGCUGAA